UUUUUGAGGAUUUAGCUCUUUAUUUCUAGCUUUGUCAGUACAGCAUGAAACACAUGAACACAGGUGCCUACAAAUACUUACAUCCCUGACAAAUAUCGUUCUUAUUGUUUUCUGUUUUUACAGAACUUACUCUCCACACAUACACGCAAAAAAAAAAAAAAACAGAAGGUUUACACAGUCAAAGUACCAAGGGGAAUCAAACACAGCAAUACGCUGACAGCACAUCAAUAUCUAGGAAUGCACCCUGAAACCUGAGUCCAUGCCAGGCCACAGAGACCACUCCGGAGAGCCCAGGCCCCAUUGUCUCCAAUAUAUUCUAGAAAGGGGUCACAGAUUUGAAAAAACUUAAAUGGUUUAUCAUUAAGCCAGAAGCGUAUAGCUUCUAGGGGGAGAAGUUCCAUAAUACUCCGGAUCCAAUGUGAGACUGUGGGGACAGAGUCUGAAAUCCACUGUAGAAGAAUACAUCUCCUUGCAUUAAACAGCAGCACCUUAAACAGCUUCAGUGAAGGGGGGCUGAGGUUCAAAGCUGCUGGUUGUACUCCCAGGAUACAGGAAAUAGGUUCCAGGGCUAGUUUCCUCUUGAAAAUAAUAUCAAUUUCUUUACACACUUUGAUCCAAAAGUCAUUAAUAAGAGGGCAUUCAAAAAUACAGUGGAAAUAUGAACCUUCAAUAAUUUUACACUUAUUACAGUAUUUUGAAAGCAGAGGUAAAAAGUGGAAUUCACAUUGUGAGUGUGUAUUGUGCCACUGUUUACUCAGUCCUUUAUCACUCAAGGAAUUGUUUAUAAGCUAAUGACAUUUUCCUUAGCUUUAUCUGUGAUAUUUUUCUGUCAGCUUUGGCAGUUCAGUGCCUCACCUCUUAUCAGAACAACGGGGCAAAAGAGCAAGGUCCAUUAGCAUCUGAAAGGGUGUGGAAGAAAGGCGCGCAUGGCGUUAUACAGAAAAAAGGUGCGAGUUCAAAUCACCUCUGCACUACCUGACUUCCUCGGGACGGUCCCGCGGAAGGCUACAGCGGCGUUCGUUUAUUUCUGCAUUGGAAAAUGAAGCAAUCGCACCCAGCAACGGAAUCCGAUGAUCUAUAACCAAGAUAACACUUUAGAGACUCAAAGACAGCAGAUUCGAAAAGGCGAGACAAAUCCCACAGCUAUUUCCGACAACUGCAUUACUGCUCUUACUGAAAGCACAGCGAGGGAGAGAGGAAGAGGGGGCACCCGCCUGCGCAGCUGAUGCAACUGUGCGCGCCUCCAUCCAGAAGAUAGUUUAUUUGCUUUGUUAAAACCUGCUUUGUUGAAUUUAAAAAAAAAAAAAAAAAAAAAAAAAGAAAACGUAGACUGAUGAAGAUGAAGCGCCCUCUUGGAUAAAUCGAAACGCAUGGGGAAGGAUGCUGCACUCACUAGGAGCAGGUGUAUUCAACCAAGUGGAGGCGCAGGACACAGAGCAGGAGCGAACAGCCACCGGACCACCACACCUGCUCCAAAAGGAAAAAAAACCCUCAUCCUUAGAUAUGCUGCUGGUUAACGAGCUUCUCCACUCUCAAAAUAACUGGAUUUUUCUUGUCAGUUAUUUAUGGUAACCAGGAGAAUGUGUGCACCGUGAAACUGAUGGACGCGCAGCUCGUUUGGAAAAUACUAUAGUGAAAAAAAGGACUGCUCUGUUGGCUUCUUAUAAGCCUGCUUCACUGAAAUCAAUCUUAUCAAGGACAUCAUUAUCUGCAAGGAUGCCCGGAGCACUUUUAUCAGCGCAGUCGCUCUACAUUGGGAUGGAGGUGCUGAUUGCAGUCGCUUCUGUGAUCGGGAAUGUGAUGGUGGUUUGGGCGGUGAAAAUUAAUAAAUCGUUGCGAGAUACCACGUUUUGUUUCAUCGUCUCCCUGGCUCUGGCGGAUAUUGCAGUGGGAGCUCUCGUCAUCCCUUUGGCCAUCACUAUCAGCAUCGGACUCCAAACUCACUUUUACAGCUGCCUGCUGGUGGCGUGCACGGUGCUGGUGCUGACGCAAAGUUCAAUCCUGGCCCUCCUGGCUAUUGCAAUUGACCGCUAUCUCAGGGUCAAGAUCCCGACCAGGUACAAGCGAGUGGUGACCACCCAGCGAGCUGGGCUGGCAGUGGUGAUAUGCUGGACAGUGGCUUUCAUCGUGGGACUCACACCCAUGUUAGGCUGGAACAACCUGAGGCGCCUCCAGCAGAACGGCUCCAUCAGCUCUGACCUCAUUAUCACCUGCCAGUUCGAAAACGUCAUCAGCAUGGACUACAUGGUCUAUUUCAACUUUUUCGGCUGGGUGCUGCCACCACUGCUGCUCAUGUUGGUCAUCUACGCAGAGAUCUUCUACAUGAUCCACAAGCAACUUAACAAUAAGAAGUUCACCACCAGUCACACAGACCCCAACAAGUACUAUGACAAGGAACUGAAUCUUGCUAAAUCGCUGGCCCUGGUCCUUUCUUUUGCCAUCAGCUGGCUUCCCCUCCACAUCAUCAACUGCAUCACACUCUUCUGCCCUGAGUGCAACAAGCCCAUUGUUCUCCUCUAUAUCGCCAUCCUGCUCACCCACGGCAACUCUGCUGUCAACCCAAUUGUCUACGCUUUCCGCAUUAAGAAGUUCCGCACGGCCUUCAGGAAAAUCUGGCAACAGUACUUAUGCUGCAAGGACACACCACCUCUGGAGAUUCAGCCCAGUGACAGGAAAGAGAUGCCCAAUCCAGAGCCACAGCAGGCGACACCAGCGCUGCCCCCUCAGACGCUAACUCUAAACUCUGAUCCGACACCACAGCAGCCGCCUCCCCCUGAGCAGCAGCAGGACCAGAUGACUGAACCACAACAACGGCCUAAAGAACAUCCGCCCUUACUGGAGCAGAAUGUGGUCUAAGCCAAGGAACUGAUCUGAUUGCUGGGAAAGUAAUGAUCAACGCACAAGCAUUGGUUCUCUCCUCAUUUGAAUCCAUUCUAAUGAGGAGCAUGAAGUAGUACAGUGCUGCAGUGACUGAGACUGUGACUUGGAUCGUAAAUCUCAAACGCUGGACGAUCAUUUAUUUUUACUCAGGAGGAGUGGAUGUACUUAAAGUUUGGUCAGAGCAACAAGAAAAGGCAAAAAGGAUAUCUAUAAACUUGCAAUAAUAGAAGUCUUUUUGACAGCGGCUGUCUAUCUUAGUAACAGACUGAAGGCAUUAAGCUUUAAUUUUUUUUUUGGUGUGAACAGUACAAAAUGUGCAAUAUAAGUUAUUGUGGUUGGUCAAUAUCACAUUAUCAAAUGUUAUAACUUGCGAUAAAAUCAAGGUUUCUACAUUCAAUAGAGCAGGUUCAUCUUACUACUGUAAUACUGUGUGUAUGUUUAAACUGGCAGUGGCUGAAGAAUAUGAAUGUAAUAAUAAUGUAAAUAAGGGACUACAGCAGUACAGCUGUGAAUGCUCAUCUCUUCUUCAGGGUCUUAAUCGCACAACAGUGGUAGAGCGAGUGGCACUAUGGGAGAGAUUUUUGCAGCAACGAGGUGUGUAUGUGCUGAUAGAAGGGUUUUGUAAUCCCUUAGCUCUUCUCCACUGGAGUCCCUCAGUGAUCCAGCAGCCCUGAUCCAUUACGGAGAAGAUACAGGGAUAGCAAGCAGCUGGAGGGAAUGGGAGGUUUUAACCUUUUAGAAGCUGCGUGCAGGAGACUCCUGGCUGCAGGACGACAGCUACUCAUGGGAGAGAAUGACAAGAUGCACUUAAAGCUCAUGUUUAUCCAGCCUCCAUGCCAGCUGGUGGUGGUAGCGGGGUUUUCCUUUUUUUCCCUUCAUGGAUUCAUAAUAACCUUAUCACAACGUACCGCUAGACACAGUGGCUUCCAUGGCCUUAUUCAGUAUUUUAAAGUAGUACUAGUAUGGACUGGACAAGAAAAGACAUCCUGAAGAUUGUGAGUAUCUUAACUACACUGUAAGCUCAACAUUUUGCAUAAUGCCAAACUGGGGCAUCUGUAGAUUAGUUAUGUUAUGUUCAAUGCCACUGACAUAAAGACAUUGUAUGAGAAUGUAAA